CUCUGUUCACACUAGGAACCAGCAUGAGCAGUGGUUUUAGAAACAGGUUAGUUGCUAUGGAGUCUGCAUUCUGACUUACUGAGGUUGGAGGUGUGUAAACGUAACAGUUUGUUUUUAGUUUCAAAGAUCUGGCAAAAAGAUAGGCAGUCACUCCUCUUCUGGAAAAGCCUGAUAGACCAGUAAGAUUCCUUUUAGGGCUCAACCCAAAACUUUAUCCCAUCAUUCACUAACUUCAAAAGCCAAGAUCCCAGAGAAACUGGAAAAAGAAAUUUGACAGGAUCAUUCAUUUAAACAAAUGGCUAAUCCAGGAGGUGGUACUGUCUGUAAUGGAAAACUUCACAAUCACCAGAAACAGAGCAAUGGCUCCCAAAGUGGAAACCAUAAAAGAAAUAGGAUCAUUAGAGAAACACAGCAAAAUGCAAAGCCAUAUUUCUACAAUAAGCCAUUUGUUGAAUCUUUUGAAGAAGUACCAAUGUAUGCUGCUAUUUUCACUUACUUGUGUUAUGGAAUUGGAACAUUAUUUGGCUACCUCCGAGACUUUUUGAGAAACCAUGGAAUAGAGAAAUGCAGCAUGGCUGUAGAACGAAAAGAGCAAAAAGACUUUGUGCCCCUGUAUCAAGACUUUGAGAAUUUUUAUAAAAGGAACAUUUACAUGAGAAUCCGAGAUAACUGGAAUCGGCCAAUCUGCAGUGUUCCAGGGCCUACAUUUGAUGUGAUGGAACGAGUGUCAGAUGAUUACAACUGGACAUUUAAGUUUACUGGAAGAAUUAUUCAGGAUGUCAUUAAUGUGGGUUCUUACAACUAUCUCGGCUUUGCAGAAAAUAGUAAUGAAAGUUUAACAACAGUAAGAAAUGUACUAAAGAAAUAUGGAGUGGGUAUGUGCAGCAGCAGGCAAGAAAUGGGUAACACUGAUAAACAUGAAGAGUUGGAGGAACUGGUAGCCCAGUUUCUGGGAGUAGAAGCAGCUAUGGUGUUUGGAAUGGGUUUUGCUACCAACUCAAUGAAUAUUCCAGCACUGGUUGGAAAGGGUUGCCUGAUUUUAAGUGAUGAAUUAAAUCACACCUCUAUUAUUCUUGGAGCCAGACUUUCAAAGGCAACGAUAAGGACCUUCAAACACAACAACAUGCAAAGUCUAGAGAAACUACUAAGAGAAGCUGUGAUCUAUGGUCAGCCUCGAAGUCGAAGAGCAUGGAAAAAAAUCCUCAUUCUAGUAGAAGGCAUCUAUAGCAUGGAAGGUUCCAUUGUGCGCCUGCCUGAGAUCAUUGCCUUAAAGAAGAAGUACAAAGCAUACCUCUACUUGGAUGAAGCUCACAGUAUUGGAAGUUUAGGCCCAAGAGGCCAGGGGGUCGUGGAUUACUUUGGAAUGGAUCCUUAUGAUGUUGAUGUGCUCAUGGGAACGUUCACCAAGAGCUUUGGAGCAGCUGGAGGAUACAUAGCUGGAAGAAAGGACCUGGUGGAUUAUUUAAGAGUUUAUUCACAUGGUGCUGUUUAUGCUACAUCUAUGUCCGCACCUAUAGCAGAGCAAACAAUCAGGUCUAUGAAAUCUCUCAUGGGACUAGACGGAACAACAAAUGGAAUACAGAGAAUCCGGCAACUUGCACAAAACACAAGAUACUUCAGAAACAGACUGAAUGAAAUGGGUUUCAUCAUUUACGGCAAUCAAGAAUCACCUGUUAUUCCCCUUCUCCUUUAUUUACCAAGUAAAGUAGCGGCAUUUUCAAGAAUCCUAUUACAAAGAAAAAUUGGUGUGGUAGUAGUAGGCUUUCCAGCCACUCCAAUAAUAGAAGCUCGGGCUCGGUUUUGUAUGUCAUCUUCACAUACUCGGGAAAUGUUAGACACGGUCUUGAAAGAGAUUGAUGAAGUAGGUAAUAUUCUGAGACUGAAAUACUCACGGCACAAAAAGUCAGCUCGUCCUGAACUACUGGAUGAAACAAGCUUUGAACUUGAAGAUUAAGUUUCCAAGCUGGAAGAGAACAGAGACUUUGCCAAAAAAGACCUCCCUCCUUGCCUCCAAAGGAAUAGAAAUGUAUUUCUUCCCUUUCUUAGAACGGUUUUUGUUUCUUGAGCAGCCAACUGAAUUGAGGAAAACACUGCUGUUGAAGUUUUACUGUCUCCAACUUGUGCCUAUAGAGGUUGAAAUACAGUUCCAGAUUUCAGUUUCUCCUCUCCUAAGGCUUCCCAAAGAAAAACACACUUCUUAGUGUAUUUUUGAUGGCAAAGAGCCUGGAUCUCAUUUGCUACUGUGCAGCCUCACUGGAUCAGUGCCUUUCGGGGAAAUGGGGAAAAGAGGUUUAAAAUUUUAAUUUAGCAGGUUUUAUUGUGCUUUAGUUAAAGCAUAUUUCAUCUGCAGACUUGUGGGAUGUUUUUAUUUGUACCAACUCUAAAAGCAUCUAUCAUCAUUUUAGAACGUUUCAGGAAAAAAGAGAUAUGAAUUUCUAUUUGCCAUAUUUUGAAUUUCUCAAAAGUCAGGUGCUGAGAGAAAAUUAAUGCUUUGAGGGAGUAAGCUGGUGAACAUGUACUAGAGAAAGUCUUUGAAGAAAAAUAUUCUUUUCCUCAUACUGAUCCUACAUGGUUUAUUCCAAUUUUAUAAGUUUUCCUUUCCAGGGCAUGAGCCAAAUUUAGGUCUGGACACGAGUGUGGUUAAAAAUAAAGACUUUUUCUCCUAUGAUGUCUGACUCCAUAAUUUAUAGUAACCUAAAUAUGAUAGUGCCACUCAAAGUUUCUGUUCAGCAUGUACAAUAUAAAUCUUGUGAAUGAACAGUCAUUCUAAUUAUUUCUUUUUAACUUUGGAGAAAAUGCUGAGUCAUUUCAUGUUCUUUGGCCACUAUCACAAGAUUACUCUUUUAAAAAUUGUAUCAAUUCAAAAUAUUUAAAAUAAAUUUAUAAUGCACUUCACUAAGUCUGUGACACCCAGAGCUAAGUUUAUCAAGGAGUCUUGUCACCUAGUACGUGUAAAGCAUCUUGACUGAGAUAAAAGCUGAGUUUUGAACUCAGCGGGCUUUUUUUUUUUUAUAUGUGAAACACAACUGACUGUAGUUGAAGCAUUUGAGCUUGUGGCCCAGUGAUUAUGAAGAGAGGCUGGUCAAUGAUCAAUGCUAAUUUUAUCUGACUGACAUGCAGAGAGAUCUGCUGGGAAAACCUUAGCUGUACAAACAUCCAGCUAGGCAUUCAAGCACAUUUAGAAAGGACAAAUAGAGUGAUCUUUUAGCAACGCUUCCCCAACUGUAGGAAUGAACUACAUAACAUUUCAUUCUAUCAAAUGACAUUAUAAACAAAUCAGAUCAAGAGAUGUUUGGCUUUCUGCUGUACAGACGCACCCAAAUUUUCAUGUUCUUUAUUCUACGGUUGUAACACAACCCAUGUCUACAAUGCUAGAUUUAAUGAAAGGUGGGAGUUGAAGGACUAGAUACCCGAGUCCCUGAAAAAGGUAGGGAUUAGAGACCCAGACAACUAGGUGCCUAGUAAAUGUGGGAGCUGAGGGGGUUGACAAUUCAGUCAUUAAGGUUCAUUACUUAUUAAAGCAAGUUUUUGUUAUUGGGAAAUAAAUAAAAUCUUUAAUUA